AUGAAUGUAAAUACUAAAGUCAUCGCACGAGAUGGCAGUAGGGGUUGGUUAGAUGGAUCGCGGGGUUUUCAAAACUGGUUGAAACUAAUUCGAAGCAGUCCAGUGAAAGAUGAGACAAAUAUGAAAUAUUAUCUGCAAAAUGGUCAAUUAUGGUACGAGUCAUUUAAAGAUAUGCCAACUGGAACCGAGUUGGUUCUAGUACCAAAGGAAGCACUGCUUCUUCAGGAUAUGGCGGACUAUAUUUCUGCCGAUGAAAGGUCAGAUAGAGAAACAGCUUCCCAACAUAGUGGUACUGUAGAUGACGGGGAAGAAGAGGAAGAUAUUAACGUAGUGCGAUGUUAUGCUUGCGACGAGAUCUACAAUGACGUUGAAAAAUUGGACGAACAUGUUAUAAAAAACCACAACCAUAGACGUGAUGAACAUCAAUGCGAUUACUGUUCGAAGGCGUUUUCUUAUCGACCGUUGUUGAUCAAACACUUAGCUAUCAAGCACGGUCAAAUUAAAAGAUAUCAUUGCGAAAAUUGUACCAAGAAAAUAACAAUACGAUUAGAAAAGUAA